AUGAUUGUCAUUAUGCUAUUCAUUGCUUCUCUAGCAUUACCACUAGAAGCAGCUGAAGUCUGUACAGGUCUAUUAUGUGAUGAUUCUGUUCAACACUGUGCUGUUGGAUUGUUUUGUAAGCUAAAUGGCUUCAUCGGUGAGUGUUGUGUCAAUUCUGGUCCGGCUACUGCCUCACCUACAAACUCACCCAUCAAUCCACUAUUAUACUUGACAACAAGUCCUCUUCCUAGUUUGUACCAAACAACAAGCCACAAAUACACUACAAGAGAUUAUACGACUACAAGCAGUCAUCGUACAUUGUACCCACAUGUAACACAUUCGACAGUUCACAACAACCACUGUGAGGAUCGUGUUCAUCCACAAACAAAAAUUUCUGAUUGUUCUUCGAAAAAGUAUUUAUGUAAUGAGAAACUCUACUACAACUUCAUGACAUAUCAAUGUCCGAAAACAUGUGGACGAUGUAGUUAUGUUGCCAAUCCUGUCACGCCAUCAAGAAUUUGUCAGGACAAAGUAAACUUCUUUACAGGAGUAAGUGAUUGUGCUCAGAAAAGCUUUCUCUGUCAGAAUGCGAGUUAUAAAUCAGUGAUGGCAGCUCAAUGUCCAAGAACUUGUCGUCUAUGUUAA